CCACUAUAAUCUACUCUAGUUUUGACAGAAAAUAGUCUGUGAUUUAAUUGGUUUGGUCAUAUAUUUUUGUUCACUUGCAUUCUUGAUCUCUCUGUACCACUUAUGCACCCAAAUCUGCAAGACAUUGUGACUCCACAGCUUCAAUCUCGAGUUUCCCAUUCAUUUUGCUCCUCACAGAGUUUUGUAUAAGCAGAUCAAAUGCCAAGAUUAAGCCGAGGUUCAGAACUGACUCAAAGGAGCCCGAACUUGGGGGAUGGCAGAGGUUCAUCUCAACUGAGGAAAUCUAACUCUGAAUUAGAUCCUUCUCGUCGGAGUACUGUCAGUGAAAGGAGUUCAAAGUUGAGAGGUGGUCGAUCCCCUCGAGGUUCUCAGUCUGAUCCUGUUAAUCAGAAACGAUUUGGAAGUCGUAUUGCAGGUUUGGAAUCUCAACUCCAGCUAGCGCAAGAGGAGCUCAAGAAUCUGAAAGAUCAGUUAACCUUUGCUCAGGCAGCAAAGGAACAAGCUCAACAGGAACUGGAGAAUAAAGCCACAGAUUCGGUUAUUCCAGAGGCUGAAGAACUUCUUGAAGAACAUUCCCCUCCAAUUGAAAUUGAAGAAUCCAAUGAAACAGAUGCUAAUGAGAAUGAUAGUGCUUGUCAGCAGGAAACUGAUGUUUUCGAAGUUCUAGUAGAGAAGUCACUUGGAAUCAGCCAACCAAACGAAGAUAGUGAGCUCAACUUAUCGACAAUAACGACAGCCAUUUCUGAACCAGGGGAACAAAUAGUCAAUGAGUUAGCUUUAAAGAAUGAGGAGAUAAGUUUGUUAGUAGCCAAAAUGGGAGAGAAGGAAAGUGAACUAGCUUCUGUUUCUCAAGAAAAUGAAAAGCUAAAAACUCAGUUGCAUGAGGCAACUGAGGAGAUAUCAUCAGCUCGCGUCAAGGAAGAGGAGCUAAAAUUGAGGUUGAGACAAGUAGAAGAAGAGCUGAGAAGUGCGCAAGGCCGAAUUCUUCAUUCCAAUGCGUUGCUUGAAACGGUGGAAGGAGAAAAGGAGGCACUGGAAACAGAAAUGACGAGGCUCAGAGUGCAAACGGAGCAAUGGAGAAAAGCAGCCGAUGCUGCUGCAUUAGUACUAGCAGGGGACGCGGAGAUGAAUGCAAGAGGUCUGUCUACAAGGUUUGAAUCCAUGGAUAAGCACUACUGCAGCGCGUUUGAGCCACCACUUGGUGGAUAUGCUGGAUUUCUGGAUUCACAAGGAUUAGAUAAUGACUCUGAUGAUGGUUAUGGAAAUGGAAAGAAGAAAAGUUCAGGUGUUAGAAUGUUCGGAGACUUGUGGAAGAAGAAGAGCCAAAAGUGAGGAUGAUCAUAGUUGCCUAGAAAAAAAAAAGCUCGCACUUAGUUAUCUCAUUGGCAAGAAAGUAAAACUCAUAUUUACUAGUUUGUCACUGCAUGUUUACUGAUUUGUAAUGAAAUUGGCCGCUUGCUCAAAAUAAA